AUGGAUCAGAAAAAGGCUUAUGAUACAAUAACAUCCAGCAUAACAAACAGGUAUGGUAAAUUGUUUUUCCUGCAUGCUCCUGGCGGCACGGGCAAAACAUUUUUGAUUAAUUUGAUACUUGCCAAAGUAAGAACUGGUGGGAAUAUUGCUCUUGCUGUUGUAUCCUCUGGAAUCGCAGCCACACUAUUAGCAGGUAGAAAAACAACACAUGCCAUAUUUAAACUUCCCUUAAAAGUUUGUGCUGAUGAUAUUAGUGUAUGUAACGUUUCAAAACAAAGCAGCACCGCUAAAUUAUUAAAAAAUUGUUCAUUUAUUGUUACGGAUGAGGCAACAAUGUCACAUAAAACAUCGGUCGAAGGAACACAGGACGAUGAGUGA